UCCUCCCUUGUAUCCUUAGCAGCUCUCUAUUUUAUUUUCUAUAAAUUAUUGAGCAAUUUUCAAAUGAUUUCAUUGUGUUCUCUUGUAUAAUUAACAUAAUUUCCUCUUAUAAAAAAAAUGUCGUUUAGAGUGGUUCGUAGUUCAAAAUUCCGCCACGUUUACGGGCAAGCCCUCAAAAGGGAGCAGUGUUAUGAGGGUAUAAGGGUGUCUAAAAGUUCGUGGGAUUCUACGUUUUGUGCCGUGAACCCUAAGUUUCUGGCGAUUAUCGUCGAGUCAGCCGGCGGAGGAGCCUUCAUAGUGCUACCACACAACAAGGUUGGACGUAUACCAGCAGACCAUCCUCUGGUGGGCGGGCACAAAGGCCCAGUGUUAGAUAUCGCUUGGUGCCCACACAAUGACAACGUCAUCGCCAGCGGCUCCGAAGAUUGCGUUGUUAAGGUUUGGCAAAUACCAGACGGCGGUCUCUCCCGGACUCUCACCGACCCGGUGGUAGAUCUGGUGUACCAUCAGCGGCGAGUGGGGCUGGUGCUGUGGCACCCCACCGCUCAGAAUGUGCUCCUCACUGCUGGCUCGGAUAACCAGAUAGCGAUAUGGAACGUGGGUACAGGUGAGGUGCUGAUCACACUGGACUGUCAUCCAGACCUCAUCUACUCGGCCUGUUGGAACUGGACCGGCUCCAAGCUCCUCACCACCUGCAGGGAUAAGAAAAUCAGAAUAAUAGACCCACGUAAGGGUGAAGUGGAGUCAGAGGCAAUCGCUCACGAAGGCAGCAAGGCAUCCAGAGCUAUUUUCCUCAAACAUGGUCUUGUCUUUACCACCGGAUUCAGCCGCAUGUCGGAGCGUCAGUACACUCUGCGCACGCCGGACGCGCUCAACGAGCCGAUAGUGACGGUAGAGAUCGACACCAGCAACGGCGUCAUGUUCCCGCUCUACGACCCGGACACCAACCUCAUAUACCUGUGCGGGAAGGGCGACUCGGUCAUCAGAUACUUUGAGGUGACACCCGAGCCGCCAUUCGUUCAUUACAUCAACACCUUCCAAACGCCAGACCCACAAAGAGGUAUCGGAAUGAUGCCGAAGAGAGGCUGCGACGUGGCCACCUGCGAGAUCGACAAGUUCUACCGGCUCAAUAAUUCGGGGCUUUGUCAGGUGGUGUCCAUGACCGUGCCACGAAAAUCGGAACUGUUCCAAGAGGACCUCUACCCUGACACCCUGAGUGAUGAAGCGAGCCUCACAGCGGACGAGUGGAUCGCCGGCGAGGACGCCGAGCCAUGCACCAUGUCGCUCAAGGAGCGCGCGCUGGUUGUACAGGGCGGGUACGUGUCGGGCCGCGCCGCGCAACAGCUGCACGUCACCAAGAAGACCAACGCCCUCGCAGCCGCCAAGGACAAGCAUCGCGACAAGGACAAGGACAAGGACCGCUCGCCCACCCCCGCCACGCCGCCCCCCGCCGCCCCCGUCGCCCCCGCCGUCGUGAGUAUACUGCCCCUCGACAGGGACGAGGACGAGGACCGCUCCCCCACCCCCGCCACGCCGCCCUCCGCCGCCCCCGUCGCCCCCGCCGUCGAGAAGCAACUGUCCGACCUGGUGGACGAGAUCCGAAAGCUGAAAUCUGUUAUUGUGAAACAAGAGAAUCGAAUCCGCGCACUCGAGGCUGCCGUGAAGGUGGUGGUGUCCCCACCGGCGGCGUCCCCGCAGCCCGUGGCCCCGGAGCCGCCCAACCACGACACGCCCGACUCGAUGGCACCGGACGAAGUCUGAAUACGCGUACGUUAUACAUUUUGUAUUUUUAAUCGACUAAUAGUUGAGACAAUUGAGUUCUCUUUCGGAUGUUUGCAUAUUGUGUCUUUGCCUAUUAGUUUUUUUUUUAUUUAUUUAAAAAUGGCCCGUGAGUUUUUUGUGUAAACCUGAAACUGCAGAGUUUUAAUUUUUAGGUGUUUUAUAUAUUUAUUACAGUAUACAACGAAUAGAGGUUGACAAUUUAGAUAAUAGUAAAUGAAAUGUGUAAACUGUUUUAUUCAGAUUGUAAAUUAAUAUGGCUGUAUGAUAUUAGUACCUUUGCUUUUCUGAAUGGAAUAAAAAAAUCGAAUAUUAAAGCAAAGUAAAGUUUUAUCAAAAACGUGCAAUAAAAUUAGGUCAUCAAAAAACUGCUCAUGUACAAAAUAUAAUAAAAACCGUUGUCUAUAUCGAUUAAAAAUACAAAACGGUUGAUAUUUCUUCUACAACUGACUGUAUUAAUAUGCACUCAAUGUAAUAUCAACUCUAUUGUACAUACGACAAGGUUCAUUUUUCUAUCUGCUUUCGAAAUAUAUUAGAAAUAUUUAAAAUGGAUCUCGUAAGAGCAGUUGGAGAAUGAAUAUCAACACAAUAAUGAAAUAUCAAUACAUAUGUAAUUAAAUCGGAGCUAUAUAUAAUAUAUGUUUAUAUAGCUGGUUUAUUGACGAUUUAAUAUUAUGAUGUUUCGUUAUUCAAACGUGAUAGAUAUAGUACGUAUUAAUAUAUAUAUUAUAUGU